AUGGCCGGAAGAGCAGGAGUGAAUAGAAAUGGAAGUGGUGCGAGUGGUUUCACUGGGUAUCGCCGGAAUAUCCCCAACUCGAACUCCGGAAUGAACAAUGGAAAUGGACUGCCUCUCCAAGUUCAACCACCAGCUGCACCUAACAGUAACCAGCUGAACCUCAUCAACAACUAUGCAGCAGCUAAUUAUGCCGAUGGCGGGGAAUGCAUGGUGAGGGAGCAAGACAGGUUCUUGCCGAUAGCGAACGUGGUAAGGAUCAUGAGGAAGAUACUGCCGGGACACGCAAAGAUAUCGGAUGAUGCCAAGGACACCGUUCAGGAAUGCGUGUCAGAGUUCAUCAACUUCGUGACAGGCGAAGCCAAUGACCGGUGCCAGCGGGAGCAUAGGAAGACCAUCACCGCGGAGGAUGUGCUGUGGGCGAUGAGUAAGCUGGGCUUCGAUGACUACAUUGAGCCCCUGACCCUCUACCUCCAAUGCCACAGGGAGUUUGAUGCUACUGCUGCCCUUGGGAAACGAUCUGCUGCCGUCGCUGCUGCUGGUGGCGUUGAGAAUCAUCCGCCCGCCUCAGGCAUUGGCCUUGCCCCGCCUGCAGGAGGACCACCCCCACCCGUGAUGCAUUGUCUUCCGCACCACAACCCUGCUGCCCCUGCUGGAUUCUUCACUCCUCCUCCUCCUCCUCCUCCGGCCGGGUUUCUCAGCAGCGGCAGGCCUUCUUCCAGCAGCUCCCAGAGUGCUGUGGUAGCAGAGGAUAAUGGGGAGGAGGAUCAUCAAGACGUCGAGCACGGCAACAAGGACUAA